AUGCAACGGAUACUUGGUACCAAGGCCUUUGGAUGGCAGGACGACAUGCUCUUCUGUCCGCUCGUGCUGGACGCUUUGAACGUCUUGGAGCCGGGCUCGGCGCCUUUGUUGUCUGCAUCGUCAGGGACAACAACGGCCACAGCAACGGCCACGGCUACUAGUACAACCACCACUUCUGCAGUAGCUGCUACGAGGGAUGGAUGCUUGAGUGCAAACACUACUGUUGCCGCCAGUGUGGCCAGGUCGGCAGUCCACACGCCCAGACCAAAGAAGGUCUUGGACAUUGUCAACCCACAUACAGGACUCCGUGUCUCGUCUCCGAAACCGCUGUAA